AUGUCUACUGCUAAAGAACGUCUAACACUUCUCAUUCCUUCCACGGUGGUUGAAACCCUCGUAGUUAUUGCAUCCCGCAUGACUACAGAGCGUCCUGCCGCAAUCUUUCUCUAUGCCCUUGGAGUCAAUGUUAUCCUUCUGGCAAUAUGGAGGAUUUUUAUAUGGCCAUUCUUCGUCAACCCCCUGAGGCACUUGCCUACCGUCCGGGGCCCUCUGAUCGGAGCAAAAGUCUUCAUGCUCCACCCUCGCGGUAGCAUAACCGUAGACUGGCUCCGAACAAUCCCAAACGAAGGCCUUAUCCACUUCCGCGAAGCUUUAAACUAUAGCUUUUUGCUAGCGACCAACCACCGGGCCUUGAUGGAUGUCUUACACACGAACAGCUACGAUUUCGUCAAGCCACCAGGCGGGCGGGAGUUUCUAGCUCGUGGGUUGGGAUAUGGGCUUAUUCUCUCUGAAGGUGAUGCCCAUCGUGCACAGCGGAAGGCUGUCACUCCUGCAUUCACCAUAAAGAAUAUUCGCGCUAUGUAUCCGCUUAUGUGGACGAAGACGCAGCUCUUGUUGAGUCAGCUAGAGAAGGAGAUUAGACUUCAUCCUGUUGCCGGGGUGCACCAUGCCGAAGUUGCCGGGUUUGUUGAGAUUGGCGGAUGGGCUAAUCGAUUGACUUUGGAUAUUAUAGGUCCUGCUGCUAUUGGCCGGGACUUUCAAUCAUUGGAGAAUGAGAAUGAUCCAGUUUCACAGAACUAUUCUGCUAUCUUGAAACCAUCUCCAGACCUGAUUUUGCUUUUUGGUGCUUCGCUGCUACUGCCGCAGUGGCUGGUGAAAUUGAUUCCUUGCAAGGCUAAUAUUGUGCUCCCGCGCAAUGUGAGAUAUUUGCGGCAGGUAUUUCACGAUAUUCUUCGUGAAAAGCGCAAGCUGCUUCAAUCUGAGAAGAAUGAACAGGAAGCUGCCGACGGCGAUAUCUUAGGCACGAUGAUGCGAGGCGGGGAGUUUAGCGACAGCGAGCUCGUGGACCAGAUGCUUACGUUCCUUGCGGCGGGGCAUGAAACUACGGCCGGUGCAUUUACCUGGUGUUGCUAUCAUCUUUGUAUAGAGCCACAUAUCCAGGAUAAACUGCGUCAAGAAAUCCGCGAGACUAUACCUUCCUCAGCCGCCUCGGUAUCCUGGCAAGACCUCGAAGGGAUGCCCUACCUCAAUGGCGUUUGCCAAGAAGUACUUCGCCUAUACCCCACGGUACCCAUGACAGGCCGUGAAGCCAUUCGUGAAACGACGAUCGCGGGGAAGAAAAUACCCAAAGGCACAACUAUCGCGCUGUGUCCGCAGUCAAUUAACCGGAGCCCAGAGUUCUGGGGCGAGACCGCUGAUCAAUUUCUACCUGAGCGAUGGAUUGACACUGAUCGUGAGACUGGGAAACAAUCCCCGAAUAAGCAUGGGGGUGCAUCGACGAAUUUCGCCCAGAUUACUUUUCUUCAUGGGCCGAGGGCGUGUAUUGGGAAGGAUUUCGCGAAGGCCGAGUUUCGCUGUGCGGUCGCGGGGCUAUUUGGUCUUUUCCAGUGUGAAUUGAGAGAUCCGAAGCAGAAGAUUACCUUUGGAGGGACAUUGACUAGUCAACCUUUGGAAGGGAUGAAUUUGAAGUUGACGAAGAUAGCGGGAUGGGAGUAG